AUGCAAAAACUGACGGAGCGCAUAGACGACCUGAAGCAGAGAAUCGCUGCUUGGGGAAAACGGAUUUGGCGAUAUACCGAGAGGUCGACACGGUUCAACCAGAAUCGUCUCUUCCAGAGUGAUCAGAAGAGGCUUUAUAAAUCAUUGGAGCGACCAAUAGUAAAUGGAACGGGCCACGCACUGAAUCAGGCCGACACGGUCUCAUUCUGGCGCAGCCUGUGGUCAGAGCCCGUAAAACACAGUGAGGACCCUUGGACGGAAGUUGUGGCGAGUCAGUGUGCGGGUAUAACGCCCAUGGACCCCGUCAUCAUAACGCCGGAUGACGUAGCUGAGGCGGUCCGUAGGGCCCCGAACUGGAAAAGUCCGGGGCUUGACGGGCUGCAUCACUACUGGCUGAAGGGGUUCAUGGUGUGUCACGCUGGGCUCGCCCGACAGUUUCAAGAGGCUCUCAACCAGAAGUCGCUCCCAAGCUUCUUCACUACUGGGAUCACUCAUUUGGUUCCUAAAGACCAGGGUACCACAGACCCGAGCAAAUACUGCCCCAUCACCCUAUUCACGGCUGAUUAUAUUGAAGAUUUUAUAGAAUUAAUAAGAAAAGAUACUGACUCAUUAGAUUUUAACAAUAUACAGGAUAUGGAAGACCAUUUGCUACAUUAUUGGUUGGGUAUAUCUAAACAAGAAUUUGGAGUGUUGUUAAAUCUAAUAACAAGAUUAAAUGAAAUGCGAAAUGGGGCGGUUGCCCUUGCUAUUUACCUGUUAAAACUAAGAACUGAGGAUUCAAAUAGGAGAAUAUCUUCCAUAACCCAAAUCCCUACAAGCACAUUACAGUAA